AGUGCCAGUACCUCUCACUUAUUCCACAAAUUUAUCAGAAAAACAAAGAUUUUUUUUUUUUUUUUAAAUGUCAACUGCUUUUCUCUCAACUGCUAACUCCCUCCUGUCCUCAACUCUGUCCCCUUCAACGUCUUCUUCAUAUUCUUCAUCAUCAUCAUCAUCAGUAUUAACACCAACAUUAGUUUACCUCAACAACCAAAAUGUCAAAAGAAGAGGAACCCUCUGCAAAGCAUUCAAUGAAUCACAGCACCCCUCUCCAGCUUUAACCAAAAGAGGCUUCUCCCUUUGCUUCAUCACCAGCUUAGUCUUGGCUGGUAAUGGUUGCUUCAAUGCCAAUGCAGCAAUUCUAGAGGCUGAUGAUGAUGAAGAACUUUUGGAGAAAGUCAAGAGAGAUAGAAAGAAGAGGCUUGAAAGACAAGGAGUAAUCAGUUCAUCAGCCCAGGAGAAAGGGUAUUUGCAGGAUCUGGUAUACAAGUUAAGCAAAAUAGGUCAAGCUAUAGAAAACAAUGAUCUGUCCGCAGCCAGUUCAGUUCUUGGGGGAAGCACCGAUACAGAUUGGGUCAAGAAUGCCAAUAUAGCCUUCAGCAAGCUGAGCUCUGGUCCUGAAGAAAAGACUCAGGUGGAGACGUUUAAUUCUUCAUUAACUUCGUUGAUCUCAUCAGUUACUAAAAAUGAUGUUGAAUCAUCCAAAGUAGCAUUUGUGGCGUCAGCAAGUGCAUUUGAGAAAUGGACAACCUUGACAGGGCUCUUUGGACAACUUAAAGGACUUUGAAGAAAAGGAUGAUGCUCACUUUGAUCCUUUUAGCUUCUAUUGAGAAGUACAUUUAAGAUUUAUUUUAUCCUCCUCUGGAGAAUUUUACUGGAAUCUUAUAUUACCUCUGUUUUUUUUUUUUUUUUUUUUUUCCUUUUUCACAAAAUUCAUCUGUCCAAAAGUUGAGAUUAACAGACUAUUUCGUUCGUAAAAGUUGUAAUACCUUGCACAGUUUAUUUGAGCUUCGGUUGUUAGUAUGAUUUCUCAGUAAGCACCAUAAAUUCUGAUGCAGUCUUUGAAGUAAACUGCAUAUCCUGUUUU